UGUGUGUGAACUGUCCAUCCAAUUUCGCAAAUCUCAACAUUCUCUCUCAUCAACCUUUCUUCUUUCUCUCCGAGACGACCAAGAGGUCAAAGAAAUUUAUUAGUCUCUUUCUAACUCUCUUCCCGGCUUGCAUAGCUGUAUAAAACUUCACUCUUCCGUUCGCGUCUUCUCCUCUUCGACACCCCCUCUACUGACUGAAAUGGCUUCCUUCCUUUCCUAUCAGGCCACAGCCACCGUCCUCCUCCUCUUCAUGUUCCUCUCCACCUUUCUCCCCUCUUCAAUCUCCUCCUACAACAAUGUCCAGCCGAAACCCAAAAGAAAUCUCCUUUCAAUUAGCUACAAAGAGGAUCUCAGCUCUCCAAUCCUCAAAUCCAAAACCCCUCCCAAGAAGAAACCUGUUUCAGAAUCCCUCGCACCAGUGAACAAAACCAAAUCACUCAAACCGAAGAAAACCAAUUCCACCAUCUCCCCCUUCUCGGUCACCAUUUCCACUCCCACUACAAAGUCCAAGCUCAACAAAACACUCUCAUCCACCGCCAAAUCCAAGCUUAACAAAACCCUAACAGCCAUUCCCACUUCUCCCAAGGCCAAGCUCAAUAAAACCAGCAUCGCCUCCAAAUCGAACACCACCAAGCUCCUCAAACCCAUCAAACCCCUCAAAUCCAAUUCCACAAAAACCUUCCCCCUCAAGUCCAAUUCCACCAAAUCCCAUCAAAUCAAAUCGCCAAAUCCUGCUUCCAAAACUCAGAAGAACCACGAUGUGAAAGAUCUGCCCACAGCUAAACCUAAAUCCAUACCCAAAUCCUCAAAACCUAAAGCCUCGUCGGAAAACUGGCUUGACGACAACGAAAUUGCCGGAGACGAUGACGACAUCAUCGCGGAGUUCCGGGAUCUCCCUUCCCGUCUCCAAUCGGCCAUUGUUCCUGAUCUUCACAAGCUCUCCACAACAUCGAGGCUCUACCUAUCCAAAACCCACCGCGAGAUCGCCGCCGGAGUAAAGCCUUUCGUCGGGAAAAAAUACGCACCCUCGAUUGCCUCCGCGGCUUCCGCGGGUCUACUCAUUCUCCCCUUGCUUCUAGUCUCCGCCCUCUUCCGCCACCUGCUCCGCACCGGAAGCUCCGCUUCCCUCUACCGCUGCCUCCUCUUCGGCCAGGCUUACCUCGCCAUCUACUUCGCCACGCUCUCCCUCACUGCCGUAGUAACGGGACUCGAGCCGCUCAGAUUCUUCUACGCCGCCUCUCCUGGCGCAUACGCGUGGACGCAGGCCGUGCAGACUUUUGGCUACGUGGUCUACUUGAUCGCGCAGCUGAUCGUUCUCAUAGUCGCGUUCUCCGCCGGCGAUGGGGAAGGAAUUGCGGGUAAGGCCGUGAGCCUUGCACAGAUGCUGCUUGGCUUGGCGGUGGGGAUGCAUUAUUACAUUACUGUUUUUCACCGCGCGGUGACAGGCGACGCACCGCGGGCCAAUUGGAAGGUGCACGGGAUCUACGCAGCGUGCUUCGUCGUAAUAUGCGGGCUGGGUCGGGCCGACCGACGGAAGAAGGCCUACACGCAGGAUGGUGGGGACGAUGGAAAGAAAAGUUAGAGGAAAAGGAGCGUUCCAUAUUUUUAUAUUUCAUGGAGGUAUUUUAAGGUAAUUAUUUAUUGAUGGGUCAUCUGCGAAUUAUUAUGUUAGUUUCGUUGCAAGUUGGGAGAAUCCCAUUGUUAUCUGCUGCUUUUUUUUUUAUUAUUAUUUUUCCUUUUAAAACGAAAGUGGCAAUUUAUAAUUUAGAAAUGUAGUUGGACUAUUUGUAUUUGGAUCAAAGUGCAAUAAAUCACCGACACAGUGAUAGAAAGGGCAAGUCCAUGUCUGAAUUGAAAAGCUUUUAAAUCUUUA